AUGACUCGAGACAGAUAUUUCCAAUUCAGAGCAGCAAUCCAUGUUGUAAAUAACAAUGAUGUUACUGCUGAAGCCAAAGCACAUGAUAAACUGUGGAAGGUGAGGCCAAUAAUUGACAGAUUUCAGAGCACUGUUUUAAAGAUUCCAAGAGAAGCUGAAGCAUCUAUAGAUGAGCAGAUGAUACCCUUUACAGGGCACGUCGCCUUUCGUCAAUUCGUUCCUAGAAAACCAAACCCUACAGGUUUAAAAAAUUAUGUUCUCUCAUCUAAACAAGGACUGAUAUUGGAUUUUGAGGUGUAUCAGGGGAAGAAUACGACGAGACUAGUCCCAGAAGUUGAAGGGCCUCUUAAAUUGGGAACUGGUGGUCAAGCUGUACUAAGACUUGCUGAAACAUGUCCGCCUGGAACACACCUUUACUUUGAUAGGUUUUUCACAGGAAUAGCUCUGUUGGAUGCACUCAAGCUGAAAGGAAUUUCAGGCACUGGUACAGCAAUGAAGCAAAGGUUUCCAAACACAAAUCUCAAAUCAGAUGCUGAAUUGACUGCUGAAGGAAGAGGUGCAUGUGAUGUUGUAGUUAGAGAUGAUGAGAGUGUUCUCCUCCUUAAAUGGGUGGAUAAUAAAACUAUUACUAUGGCAUCAACUGCUCAUGGCAAAGCUCCACUUUCAUUAGCUAAACGAUAUUCAAGAGCUGAGAAACAGUAUGUGGAUGUUCAAAUGCCCAGUAUUGUAAAACAGUACAAUACUAACAUGGGUGGAGUAGAUCUGCACAAUCGCAUGAUUGCUCAUUACAGGUCCUAUCACCGCACUAAAAAGUGGACUGUACGAUUUUUCGAGCAUUUCUGUGAUAUGGCCUGUGUUAACAGUUGGCUAACAUACAGAGAGGACUGCAUGAAGGCAGCCGUUCCAAAAAAUAGCAUAAUGGAUCUUCAUUUUUUCAAAAUGAGAAUGGCACAACUUCUUAUUCAGGACAAGAAUGAGCCAAUCUUUGAUUCUGAAACAGACUCAGAUGGAGAACCACGUGCUAAGAGAAAAGCUGGAAGACCUGGGAAUGUUUCUCUUCCAUUGCCUGAAAAAAGGAGUCAAGGGGCGUUGCACCUACCACAGGUGUAG